CCCUGCCAAUGAAGCACUCAAAGCACAGAAAAAUACGGUUGCUUGUGAUUGCUAUAACRACAACGCUGAUCAUGAUGGCGUGGGCAAAUAUUCUACGCUCGGUGCCCUCCUCUUCGGCCUUCUCGAUGGCCAGGCUGGCUGGUACACGAACAUUUKCGAGUUUUACCUCGAAGAUGCAGCUGGGAUUGGCAUACUCCGAUGCUACGAAACAGCGCAUCAAGGGAUUGGACGCCGCGAAGGAAUUUUCGAAGUUAGCCAUCAAACUGAAGAAAGAACCCGACGAUCUGAAGCUUGUGUUGGCCCAGCGCGUCGCUACCGCCGCUGUCAUGACGGAGAAGGAAGAAUACAUCGACUGGUUGCUCUCCGGUACGAGUACCGCCGGCAACGCAAAGUUUCGCCCGAAGAAAGAAAAGAAGGCGGCAAAACAWCAGAAAGCACCGGUCCCAAAAGCGUCAAUCGAGCGCGGUGCCAAGCCCAAGAAAUCUAAGGGUAGCACGCAAGCACCGCCAUCACCGGAUGCAAGCGAAAUCCAAACCUUUCACACCGAUGUUCGAUUCGACGACGACACCAAAAUCGACAUGCACUGGAACUCGAGAAAGGCCGUGKCCACAAUGGGGCUGACYCACAUGACCGAAAUCCAAUCCAAAACGUUCGUGGCAGCCGCCGCCGGGCACGAUGUUCUGGGGAGAGCCAGGACCGGGACAGGAAAAACCGUGGCGUUUUUGCUGCCGGCCAUCGAGCGAUUGGUUCGUGACGGCUCCAUUGACGAUCCCAAUCGGAUAGGAAUGCUUGUAGUGUCUCCUACCAGGGAAUUGGCAACGCAGAUCGGGGAACAAGCAAAACAGCUGUUGAGAUACCACCAGGGGUCGUCUGUACAAGUAAUGUUUGGUGGAACCAACAUCAAGAGCGACUUGAAACAGCUAGAGAGAGGGUUCCCGACCGUCUUGGUAGCGACGCCUGGUCGCCUCUUGGACCAUUUGCAAACAACAAAACUCAAAMAGAACGGUUCCCUCUUAUCUUUUGGCAAGCAUGUCAUGCCAGAGACAAACCUGGUGGUUCUAGACGAAACAGAUCGCCUCCUGGACAUGGGAUUCCGGCGUGAUAUCGAGAGGAUUCUGGGGUACCUGCCUUCGUCGGAAACGAGGCAAACCCUGCUGUUCUCUGCGACGAUGCCGCCGGAACUGAAAGCAAUCAUGAAGGAAAACAUGAAACCGAACUACGUCGAGGUAGAUUGCGUCCAGGAUGGGGAUGCGGCGACUCAUACGAACGAUCGAGUGGCACAGACCCACGUAAUCCUCCCCUCGAAAGAAGUCGACAUCAUCAGCUCGGUCGUCGAGACCGUUCGUUUUGCCGUCGAAAGCCAUGUCAACAAGGAUGACGACUCGUCYCGGUUCACCAUCCCACCAAAGAUCGUCGUCUUCUUUCCAACGGCGAGACUUGUUCAGUUCUACGCACAAAUGUUUGAAGAAAUCAACAAGGGUGUCCUCCUCACUGAACACACCGGUGACGACAAAUCCAUCAAGAUACCUUCGUGGGAGCUCCACUCGAAGAAAUCACAGGGAUACCGAAACCGCGUAAGCGAUGAAUUCCGGAAAGCCACGACGGGUGUGUUGUUUACCAGUGAUGUUUCUGCUAGAGGCGUCGACUAUCCGAACGUUUCGCACGUGAUCCAGUUCGGCAUGCCGGAAAGUCGCGAGCAAUACAUCCACCGAUUGGGGCGAACGGGGCGCGGUGGAUCCAARGGAAAGGGCUGGCUUGUCCUGCAGGACUGGGAAGCCGCUUUUCUCAAAGAACUGAAGGGGGUAGAUAUUCCGCAGAACGACGACCUGGUCUCGAGGUUCCUGGAAACGGACAUGCCGGAAGAUUCGAAAUCCAUGGUGMAGGAGGUACAGCGCCGCGUACGGGGUGGGGAUGGGGUGCUGUCCAAGAGUGGGAGCGCUGCCUAUGCCGCCUUUCUGGGAUACUAUAAGAGUCAAAUGAAACGAAUGGGCAUGCGGAGGGCAGAAAUUCUCGUGGAAAUCGCGAACGACUUUGCCGCAUCCUCGGGCUUCAARGAUCCACCUCAGCUCCAGAAAUCGACUGUUGGAAAGAUGGGUCUGAAAGGGGUUGAAGGCCUGAACAUUGGGAAUGGUAACUCUUCCGCGAAGGGUGGUAGCGGAAGACGAGGGGAAUCCCGUGGCGGCCGKGGYGGAGGUCGUGGAGGUGGCCGUGGCCGUGGCGGGAGCCGUGGAGGUGGCGGUAGGGGUCGGCAGCGAUAGGGUUCGAUCAACUCCAACCAAUSCAAUACCCAAGUGCAWUUUUGAUGAAGAAUUGCAACGUGUAUUAUUCAGAGUCCCUACGUCACAAUGCAAAAUGACAUUAAAAUAAAAUGAUACUU